AUGGUGCCAGAUGAACAGCUGUUGCGCGAGAAAGCGUUGGAGGUCAUCACCGGGGUCGUCAAAGAGGACAAAUUGCACGAGUUCACCUACGGGACGUUCAGGAAGGAAGUCGAACAGGCUUUGUCCCUAGAACCCGGGACCCUUGAUGCCCGAGAGCUCAAGGACAUCGUGCACGCGGUCGCGAAGGAGUAUAUCAGCCAACUAGAAGAAGCCCCAGAAGAGCCACCGAAAGAAGAAAAACCCGCGAAAAAGAGAAAAUCCGCCGGAGCCGCACCCAAAGAGGCGCAACCCCGAAAGUCGCGGGCGAAGAGCGCAGCGACGGCGGCUUCGAGCAAGAAGGCCAGCAAAUCCGCCUUUCGAUCUGCGAUGCCGGCACAGUCCGUGGUCCCUAGCUCCGAUGAAGACGCCGGGAGCGAUACGGCCGCGGGUCCGUCAAGCAGCAAGCCAACGCCUCGGGCACGGGUCGCGGCGGGCACGAAGCACGUCGAGGAGGGCGGUUCUGAGCCCUCAAAGCUCUCGAAGCCACCUUCCGCGCGCACGAGCGGCGGCUCCGUAGCCGCACACAAUGGAGAAGAGGCCGCUUCUCCCGCGGAGCCAGCAGCAGAUCGUCGUGGUGAAUCUGCGCGCGACGGCAAGCAAGAUGAUCCGGGUGCUCACCCGCGUGCAUCACGGCAGAAGAGCGACUCGGAGAUGUCUGUGUUGAUCGACGAAACGCCCGUUCGGAAGCGCAAACGCAAGGGCGAGAGCGGGAAGGCUAAGGCACCGAAAGGCAAGAAGCGGGGCGAGACCGCCGGAAAGGAGCUCACCAAGGACGAAGAGACUGUGAAGAGGCUCAAGUCGCUCGUGGUCGCCUGUGGGGUGCGCAAGGUCUGGGCCAAGGAGUUCAAGGACGUCGAGAAGCCCGCGGACCAAAUACGACGGCUGAAGAAGAUGCUCACCGAUCUCGGUAUGAGUGGGCGCAUGAGCCUAGAGCAGGCCAAGGCUAUCAAGGCGAAGCGGGAGUUCGAACAGGAACUCGCUACAGAGGACGUCCAGGAGUUCGCGAGCAAGAUCAAAUCGGGCCCGUCAGCGAGCCGUCGGAAGAAGGAUGCCGUGAGCGACAAUGAAGAGGAAUCGGAGAUCGAGGUCGUCCCUAAGCGCAAGACCGCCCGACAAAGUAUAAUGGCAUUCCUGGGCGACGAGAGCGAGUAA